CACAAGUUCCUAGACGACUCCCUGAAAGGACAAACAAUGACUGGCUACGUUAUAACUUAUUUCCCACUGAGGGGAAGGGCUGAGCCCAUACGAAUACUGCUUGCAGACCAAGGGGCUUCAUGGAAAGAAGAAGCGGUACAGUUCCCAGACUGGUUUGGAGGAAAAAGUCCUUUGAAGAAAGAAGCGGCCUUUGGUCAGCUGCCUCGGUUUCAGGAUGGAAGCUUUGUUCUGUAUCAGAGCAACAGCAUUCUGAGGUAUCUAGGACGCAAAUAUGACAUUGCUGGAAGCAGUAACGAGGAGAGUGCACUCAUCGACAUGGUGAAUGAUGGUGUGGAGGAUUUGAGAAUGAAGUGCGGCCGUCUGCUAAUGCAUGAAUUUGAAACAGGUAAGGAGAAGUACCUAACGGAGUUGCCCAAUCAUCUGUCAGCAUUUGAGAAGAUUCUUUCCAAGAAUUGUAACGGAACCAAAUUUGUGGUUGGAGAUAAGAUCUCAUAUGCUGACUACAAUCUCCUGGAUGUCCUGCAAUUUCACCUUGAAUUCUUCCCCACUUGUUUGUCCUCGUCAUCCCUCCUCUCUGCCUACAUCGACCGCAUUGCCUCCCGACCAAAACUCAGCGAGUAUUUGAAGUCUGAAGAGCGCAAGAACCGUCCCAUUCGCCCCAAAAAGUAAAUUAAGUUACAGGUGUGCAUUAGAAAAGUUUACAGCCCAUUGUGCUUGAAAAACCUAUCCCUACCAUAGAAUAGGAUACCUAUCUACCUAUCUAUGUGGACACUGAGUCCACAUAAACUGGACAUUUUUUCAAUAAACUAUUUAAUUUUGA